CAGAUAUUAAUUAGUGUUCGCCAAUGAGCUCGACUUUUCUCUUUGUCCUCUUUCUCCUCCUAUAUCUUGUUCUUAGUACACAUUUUUUGUUACUAAGAUUUUGAUUUGCAUAGCCACACACAAAGAGAUUGUAUUGAAAGCUCCUAAAUCUAACUGUUUUAUUAGAAGAAUGAAAGGUGGUAUUAUUGUUAAAGAUAGGUUCGUGUGCGAAGAAGAGACCUAUCUCACUGUUCUCAAGACCUCUCUCUUCUCCACCGGCGAUGGAUUCACCGUCUACGAUUCCAAAGGUGAGGUCGUCUUCCGAGUCGACUCGUAUGGGGCCGAUGCACGUGACAAGGCCGAGGUCGUACUCAUGGAAGCCUCCGGCCACUGCCUCCUCACGGUCCUGCGAAAGAGGCCGAGUCUGCAUCAUCGGUGGGAAGGGUUUUUGGGAGAGAAAACGGAGGGUCAGCAACCUAUAUUCAGUGUGCGGAGAUCGUCGAUGAUGGGACGGUCGAGCGUGACGGUGGAGGUGUUCGGAGAUGCAGGUGAGGAGUACCAGAUAGAGGGGUCAUUCGGUCAGCGAAGCUGCACAAUCUUGAAUGCAGCGAAGGAAUCGAUGGGUGAGAUCAGACGCAAAGUAGAUGCUUCGGCCCAUCAUGUGGUGCUUGGGAAGGAAGUUUUCUCUCUCUGCCUGAAACCCGGUUUUGAUAGUGCCUUUGCCAUGGGAUUGGUGCUCGUCCUUGAUCAGAUCAACGGUGAAGACUGGGCUGAUGACGGUGGGGACGGUAGGGACGGCGGGCUCGAGGUGGACUCCACCGUUGUGGAACCACCCCAAUCGACUUCGGUUUGUACACCCUUGUCUAGGUGUCUUGAUCCUUGAUCUUUGCUGCUAGUAGUACUACUUUGUUUUACAAAAGUCUAUAUAGUAGAGUCAACUAGGUGCUAGGUUUGAGUCGUUUGAGCUAGGCCUAAUCAAACUCUAUUUCUAUUUUUUUUUUUUUUUGAUGCUUAAAAACCCAAAUAGUGUUUUUCAACCAUCUUUGGCACAAAGACUGGCCAGGCCAUCUUUAAUUGUUCUGAAAUAUUCGGGUAUUGCUUUAAGUGCAACACGCAUCUCUUUCCCUGUUUUGCUUGCU